AUGGGUAUAGUUGACCCCGAAUGCGUUACUUGUGACGGGGGCAGGGCGGCGACGGCGGUCUCGCCUCGUCGUGGCUGGGACCUGGCCCGGUCCCCGUUACCCAAAGCUUGGGCCAUACAGAUAUCAUCUACAUGUUCAUCCCAUGGAAAGAGCGUGUGCCUUGGCGGACCCGAGUCUCCAUUUUGCCUUUCCCUCCGCCUCCGUUCCGCGGGAGCCAUCCCGUGGUCCUUCCCCACUGGUCGGUCCCCUCGCAAGGGUCUGGCAGUGGACGGAAGGGCGGCCGAGAAGCGUGUGUUGGGAGGGAAGUGA